AUGACCACUAUCCCACCGGAACAAAUCAUCGAGACGAUGCAACAGCAUCCUCUGCUGGACGAAUCCACAGAAUACGGCUAUGGAACGGCUGGAUUUCGAUUCAAGGUGGAACACAUGGAUGGAAUUAUGCUGAGGGUUGGAAUUGCGUCCGCUAUCUUGCAAUAUGAAUUGUUCCAAAACACAAAAACAAACACAAACACAAACCAACAACCACAACAAGACAUGGGAGUCAUGAUCACAGCCUCGCACAAUGACGAAUCUUACAAUGGCGUCAAACUUUCCAAUCCAGACGGAAGCAUGAUUCCACCACAUCUAGAAGAAACGCUAGUGGCCAUUGUCAAUCAACGUGACUUGGAUCUCUUUCAGAAUACUCACCUAAAGGGGUUUGAUUUUCGAUCCACUGCCAAGUUUCAUGUGGGAUAUGACACCCGCAGUCAUUCGGAACGCUUGACCAGUCUUUUCAUCAAGGGAGCUCAAGCCAUGGGUGUGACGGUGAUCAAUCACGGGGUCUUGACAACGCCCAUGCUGCACCACAUUGUCCUCCAUUCCAAUGCGAAAGCCUAUCUUCCUGCCAGCAUUCCACCCUGUCCUUCACGAGCUGGUUAUUGUCAAGCCAUGGGCAGUGCCUAUUUGGAAUUGUGCAACGUCGUGGCACCUUGUGCGAUAACAGGAGACAGAUCGACUCCACUGUUGGUAGAUUGUGCCUGUGGGGUAGGCUACAAGGCAGUCCAAGAAGUCUUGAGUGAAAUUACCAUCCGAGGAAAUCUGACAACUUGCAAACCAUUUCUGGUUCCCUGCAACGAACCUGGGGAAGGUCCGCUGAAUACCAAUUGUGGCUCGGAACAUGUUCAAAAGCAAUUGAAACCUCCUACCUGGUAUUCGAAAACGGGUCAGGAUGCUGCAAAAUCCUAUUGCUGUAGUGUGGACGGAGACGCUGAUCGAAUUGUCUUUUUUGCGGCAUCCUCUAGCAAUGAACUUGGAUCCUUGUUGGAUGGAGACAAGAUUGCCGUUUUGAUUGGAAAGUUCUUUCAAGCAGAACUAUCCAAGGCAUACGGCGGAAAUCCAAAAUUGCCCAAGGUGUCCAUGGGAGUGGUUCAAACAGCCUAUGCCAAUGGGGCAUCGACGCAAUACCUGGAGAAAAACUUGAAAGUUCCUGUGGUGAUUACCAAGACUGGAGUCAAGCACUUGCACCAUGCCGCCUUGGAAUUCGAUAUCGGAAUCUACUUUGAAGCCAAUGGACACGGCACAGUGGUCUUCUCCCAGGCCUAUCACGAGUUUGCCAGUCAAGCCAAAUCCAUCUGCCCCGCCUUGGAGAUUUUGCCGCGUUUGAUCAAUCCAGCCGUGGGAGACGCCGUGUCGGAUUUGCUCUUGGUCGAUGCACUCUUGCAACAUUUUGAAUGGACGGUCCAAGAUUGGGCGACCAAGCUAUACACAGAUCUUCCCAGUCGACAGCUCAAGGUCCAAGUGAAGGAUCGUUCGGUCGUCCAAUGCAAUGACAACGAAACGAAAUGUCUCCAGCCAACUACCUUGCAACCAGCAUUGGAUCAACUCAUGUCGGAUAUUCCCGGGAGUAGAACCUUUUGUCGGGCCAGUGGUACCGAAAAUGUGGUACGAGUGUAUGCGGAAGCUCCGACGCGGGAACAGGCCGACAAGAUGGCAACCAUUGCGGCUGGAUUGGUCCAUACCCAUUGUGGAGGCGUGGGUCCGAAAUCUGCUAUUUUAUUUUUUAAGAAAUAA